CAGUGUUCUCAGUGACCACCUUGUUACUAUGUAGAAAGAAAAUAGUACAGAGUACUGAUUGCCAAUGAAAAUGGAGGAAAUGUCAAUAUCUGGCCCGGAGAACAGCAAAUCUGAGAGUCAAUUUUAAUCUCUGAACAUAUUGAUGCUCUAAUUCUGAUGCCUGACGUGGAACAUACCGCAGGAAUAUGCUUCAUUCAUAUUCGUCCUCGUGACAGACCUACUCUUGGAUAUUCCUCUGAGUUUCUUCUUAUUCCCCAAUCUUGACAAUAGCUUCUUCAUGUGGGAGACCCUUUAUUUGCUGUGAUCUUUGCCUGUUGCAUUUCACUUCUGACUCAUAUUACCAAAGAAAAGACUUGCAUUGAUACUGUGACUGCCAUGAUGUGGAAUAGAAACAAGCACGGUGUCCACUUCCCUUGUUUAAGGAGCCCUUUUUCCUCAUCGUUUAAGCUUUGUUAUUCUGAGAAACAGGCAAGGAUACCUGUUUGGAUUUGGUCUGCGAGAUGCAAUGAGAAUUCAUUUUUCCUAUUUAUUAGUAACAUUCUAUGCAUGAAAACUCAGAACUACAGAUCUGACCAAACAUUUAAUCGUGCAAUGAUGCCAUUUUCUGCAAUUAAUUGAGGGAUACAUUGAACUCUCUUACCUGGCCAGUCAUCUUUGUGCAGUCCCAGGCAUUUGGUAUUCUGCUGUGAAGCUCGCUCACAGAUAUCUGCUGUUCUCUGUAACUGAGUGUACAGAUUCUUGAUCUGCGAGUUGAAUAUGGUCUCCAGUGAUGAUGGAUAAUUGCAAAGUGAGCUUGUCACUCUGACAAUCCGCUGGCGGAUGAUCAAUGGGACAGCGCCUUCUUUUUACAUUUUAGAGCAUUCUGGGGUCAGAGGAAAGAAAACUUUGAGCAAAUCUUGAACUUUGAAGGACAUUUUUCUUUGGCCACAAGCGAAGGUUAACAUCCAGAGACCUGACUACUCCUCAGAUAUGGAAAAUGAAUAGAGUGGCUGCAGAUUGGCUGAACAGAUGACGCGAGAAGUCAGUUCAUAAGAAGGUCGUUUUGUGCGAACUCUGCAGCCAUGCCCAAGCUGAAGCGGGUAUCUUCAGAGAAGAAGCAGAAAUACUGGCGGCAGCUGAAACGAGACCAGAGGCAGAUGAGCAGAGAGCACAGUGACCAGGCCAUGGAGUUUGAUGCUACCCCUGAAAGUUCUGCAGAGCAGGCCGUAGCUCAUGAGAUCUAUUCUGAUCUCGUAGAUGAUGCGUGUCUGGGACUUUGUUUUGAGGUGCAUCGAGCUGUAAAGUGUGGUUAUUUCUUUUUGGAUGAAACGGACCCAGACAGCAUGAAGGAUUUUGAAAUUGUGGACCAGCCAGGCGUGGACAUUUUUGGUCAAGUCUACAACCAGUGGAAGAACAAGGAAUGCGAAUGUCCAAACUGUAGUCGCAGUAUUGCUGCCUCCCGCUUCGCUCCCCACCUGGAAAAGUGUUUGGGAAUGGGCCGCAACAGCAGUCGGAUUGCAAACAGGAGAAUAGCCAGUAGCAACAACCUCAGCAAAUCUGAAAGCGACCAAGAGGAUAACGAUGACAUCAAUGAUAACGACUGGUCAUACGGAUCUGAGAAAAAAGCAAAGAAAAGGAAAUCUGAUAAGAAUCCCAACUCGCCACGGAGAUCCAAAUCUCUCAAACAUAAAAAUGGUGAACUCAGUGGAAACUCUGAUCCAUAUAAGUACAAUAAUAAUUCUGGCAUCAACUAUGAAAACCUGGGUCCUGAAGAGUUACGUUCAUUGCUUACAACGCAAUGUGGAGUCAUCUCAGAACACACCAAGAAAAUGUGCACAAGAUCAUUGCGGUGCCCUCAACACACAGAUGAUCAGCGGCGAUCUGUACGGGUCUAUCUCCUGGGAUCUUCAGUAUCCCUUCCGGAAUCUGAAGUAAGUGUAGAAAAUGAGAGUUAUGAUCCCUCAGAGAGCCAGAGUUUUAUGAGCCGACUACAAUGGGAUGGCACAUCAGACAUUUCGCCUUCUGACUCAGCAUCUUCCAAAGCAAGUACCAACAAUUCUGACUCAAAGAAGAGCAAAAAAAAGAAGCCUCACCUCGGGCUCCCUAGUGCUCCUGGCAUGAGCUCCAGUAAAAAGAAGAAACUGAAAGCACCGGCUCCGCCCACUCCGAGCAUAUAUGAUGACAUCAACUGAAAGAAGUGGUGCUACUUUUUUUUUCUUCUCCUGUUCUGUCUCAACAAGUUUCACAUUGGUGGUUACUGUGAAGAGAUGGACAUUGAACCACCCGCUUCUUAAGAGGAGUGGAUUGGCUUCAAGAUUGUACCUGACCCUUGGACGCCUGUGGUGCUGAAGGCUUCAUUCCAUGAUGGUUGACAUUGUCUUUUCCUAUUUAUUAUUCAAAGAAUGAGGGAUUUUGCUGGGUGUACAAAGCUGAUGAAAUGUUGCUAUUGGAUUGCAUUAAUUGUGUCUGGGUCUCCAUGAUGAAUACUCAUGCCUGAAGCUGCCCCUCGUUUCAGGUCUUCAUCCAGAUCAACCUCUAUCCCUUGUUUGCCGGACCUGGCUAUAAGUUUACAACAUGUUUUUUUUCCAUUGUGCAGAGUGCAACAUUUUGUGAUGCCUCACAGUGCUGGUCUUAAAUAUUUGUUGUACCGCCUGUGUGAGGUUUGUCUUUUCAGCAGGGCACGGGUUAUUCACUGUGUAACUUUGUAGAGUUACUGUGUAUUUAUCGAAGGUUAGGUUUCUGAUAGUAAUGUUCUUCAUAAAAGCUGUGGAGAGCAGGGCAGCAGUCAGGAUAAAUGCAGCACAUAGAAUUCAAAAGUUGAGUCAGUUUUGAAAAAAUAACUUUCUCAAAGAUGGAUUUGAUCUGAUCAUUCCGGUAAAUGAUGUCAGUAUCACAAGCAGGAAAGUUUUGCUGGCUUAUCCAGACUGUAUUUCAAAAAUAUCUGUUCAGUGCACCUUUUAUGGAAGCUCUAGCCUACUCCAAACUUUCUGCAAGAUUAAUUGAAAUGUACGUGUAAAUACUGCAAGGUAUUACUCUCUGAUCUUGCAACAACUCGCAGGACGUCUAUUCAUGAUUUGCAAGGAUUGACCACUCUGAACCGUGGCUCAGCAUUUCACUAUGUGAAUAUUGGUAGCUGAGCAAAGGACAGAGAUUGAUUUCUUAAUGAAACCAACAUCUUGAAGGCCUUUGUGCUGAUUAUAAUCUCUUGUGGGUUUGAAAUGCAGUCUGGCAGUACGGUAUCAGUUUCUUUCAACAGUCAUCAGUUGGAAUUGAGUCAAACGGCUGCCAUUUUUGUCAGUUUUGUGUAAAGCAGCACAGCAGAUGGAUGGACACCAGCAAAACAUGAAGUCCCUUUUGCUUAACACCAGAUACUUCCAAGUGGUCAAGUCAGCAGCUCAUUAAAUCCUGUUUGUUAUGUAGUGAUCACCGUGACAUAGCCUGACACCAUGGUCCGGAAUAUUUUUUGCUAAUGGAUGGGUUACGUUCACUGCACAUGGGUGCCCCUCAUACUGGAAAGCCUUUGUCAGCAAAUUCUUGUGAAACUGCCUUUCUUCCCAUUCUUACAGAUAUCACAACAUUGUUUGACCCAAAUUGGGUACCCCGGUUUGAAUGAGGAGUACUUGGCGAAAGAGGCAUUAAUUGUCACCACUUUUCAAAACAGCAUGUCUUUUUGUGUGUGGGACCAAAUUGGAGUAGACAUUUCAUUGUGUUUACAUCUGAGAAGCUGGAAAUUUAGUUUUUUUCCAAAGUAUAUAUAUUAGCAAACCUAAGAUGGGUGGGUCUCGAUUGCUUCUUGACAUUAUAAUCAUUGGGAGAAGUGGUCUGUGUGUUGCUUCCUGCCAGGCAGCUUGAUGUUGCCCAACACUAAAAGAAAAACCAUUGCACUUUACGUCUGAUUGUGUGUGUGCUGGAUUCGGAAGGUUCUUCUGGACUUGAUAUGGCCCUUUCUCAGGGCCCUGAAAAAAGAACCGACACAACUGUUGUGAAAUGCUUUGCAGAUGAAACUGAAUGAUCUGUCGCAGAUUUCGAAGAAAGGAAAACAAGAAGUAAAUCAUGAAUGAAUUUAGCAAAUGCCUUGCAUUUGUAUUUUAUGUUGUAGCCAGCUGACCUGCGUAACACAUUGAGCAUGUUCUUUUUGAAUUAUUAUGUAACAUGACUAAAACUUGUGCUUCCAGUUUUGUUGCAUCUUGACUAUAAACUAUAUAAAUCAAGGAAUAACAGCAAUGGAAUGAAUCCUUGCUAUGCAGAGAUGCUGCAGUCUAUUUUUGAUAGACAAAUAUAAUCCAUUCUGGGCCCUUAUAGAGCAUGGAAAAAAUGGCCUUUGAUCAGGCUUUAAUGACCACAAAAUAUUGGCCAUAAUUUUUUGCUUCUUUAAAAUUGUGUGCUAUGUGACUAAGACAAGAGGUAUGUUCAGUAAUACUGUAGCUGCCAAAUAUGAGAGCUGUGGUUAUUGCUUUUCAUAUUAGCAACUUUAUUUUAAAACAAAUUUUAAAUAUAUUUCAAUUAACCAAAUAAUGUUUGAUGCUUUUAUUUCUGAAUCCUUAUAUUUUUCCCUUUGACUCCUGCUGCAAUUUGCAACUCCCUUGUAUCCCCUUCUCAGGCUUGGAAAUCAGGGCACUCAGAACCAGUCAGAAGGGUGUGUUUAGGGUGCAAGGAAGAGCUCUUAAUUUCCUGGGUAACCUGGCCUUCCUAGGGAAGUGUGAAUGCUCAUGAGACUGGGAUUUAAGAUCCCUUUUAGUUCUUCUAUAAGUGAUUAUUUGCCUUUUCUGUGUAUGUGCAUUGUAAGUUAGGGCUGGAGUACCACCUGCUGGUCAGAGAGGUCACUAACCACCCAUUGUAUUCUCAAUUGGGUUGUAGCUGUAUACCUUGUGCUAGUUUCCAACAAAAAUACUUGCUCCUGUUUUCCACUUAUUAGUUCAAUAGUUUAUGCACCAGGUGCUUCUUGUGCCUUUCUAGUGCAAUACUUAGAUAUUGAUCAGAAGUGUAUGUGUUACAGUCGCGGGUCUGUUGUCAGUGAGCCUGAUCAAUUUCCAGAUAGAAAUUGAAAUUAUAUGGGUUGCUCAGCCUUGAAUGCAAGCUAUUGCAUCUUCAGAGGGAAAAACAGACAUUAAGCAUUAGGAUGAAGUCUGGCCCAAGCCAAUUUUCCCCCUGCAUUCAGAGAGGAUCAAAUGGCAAGAUAGGUGGCCAGCCAGGGUAGAUAAGUUGCUGUGAUGUGCAGCAUGGCAUGUUACUAAACAUUUUGGAUAGAAAUUGCUACCAUCAGAAUCCUCCUAAUGAGGGUGCUAUUGUAACACUUAAGCAGUUGAUAGUUUUAAAUAUUUUUACUAAUGUCUUGAUGUCCAAGUCUAUAUUUACUUCUGAAUGGAAUUAUAAGGCUGAUGCAAUUCAUACUGGUGUUUAUAUACAGACAUAUACCUGUGAACAUACUGUGCUUGAAAAUGGAAUUAUUACCUCAACAUAAAAAGAUCUUUCCUUUUAAUGAUAUUUGAUAACUCAUCAGGCUCCUUACUUUUAAUGUUACAAAAGCUGUACUGUGCCUGGAUAAGUAAAAACAUUCAUGCAUCCUUGUGACGGACAGUAAGUAAAUUCAUAUUUAAAUGUUAUAUAGUGACUGUCUCUGUCACGAUGCUGAGGUGGGAACCUCAUACAAAUUAUCCACUUGAACACCAAGCUCACUUUUAUGUGGAAAAGUAUAGACAUUUGGCACUAGAGUAGUAUUCAUCAUGCCAGCAACCCCACUCAUUCUAGCAGCACGUUUUACUUGCAAUGAUAACAUUCCUAUUGGUACUAAAGGCUUACUAAUGGAGCUGGUGAUGUUGGAAUGCUCAUUCAAUCAAUAUUUUAAGAUAUUGGCACUGGCUUUUCUGUACUUUUGGUACUGUUGAAUAUAGUGACACUGCCAGGCAUGUCUAUGCUGUCUUGUACAGCUGGUUCGUCUAAUUUCCUGUAACAGCACUGGUAUGUCUACAUUUGCAUUAAAUUGGUAGGUAUGUCUAUACUUGACACUGACAGAUGUACGUACUAUUACUAGUUUAUUUUCUUUAAGUGAAUACUGUGUGAAUUUAGCAAGUUCCAAUAUUAAAGCCAACUGUGCUUCUGUUCUAAGACCCGACCUCUUGCAUUGUGUGUGCGGGCAGGAGGUGUUAACCCGCAGACCCAAGGGGCAUAGAGUAAGCUUGUAGACUUGCUAUUUAUAGACAAGGAUUACGGUUAGCUAUGCAUACUUUGCUGUGUGGGAUACAGAGAAUCUAAAUAGACUCACUGAAUAUGAGCAGGUAUAUCUGUGAUUUCCACAGACAGCUAAAAUCCCCUCUGUGUUCAAUGAAAUUUUAAAGUCCCUUUGUGAAAAUAAGCACCCUUAAUAUCAACAUUGUAUUAGAAGCAGAGCUCGCUCUGGUAGCUGUAUAGCACUGAAAGCCUCAUGAUGCCAAUAGGUUUGUUUUUGUCUUUGGCUGUGAAACUGGAAACUCAAGUUUUAUUUAUUAUUUGGAUAUAGGUUUGAGCAGGAUAAUGUGUAUAAUCAAGAGUUUUCGGGAUGGGUUGGGUGGGGGGAGAAACAAGGUGUAUAAUUGGCUCAGUUUUUUUGUGACUUGUGCAGUGAUACUGAAAUAUGCAUGCAGUUAUAUCUGUCAAUAAACCUAGGGUCCUGUAAGUUUUAAUUUGUCAUACAUAUCCCCAAACAGAAUGCUGGUUCACUGUAUAUUUCUGUAACCCAUAGUGACUACAUGCUGCUUCAGUGUAAAUAAAGGUGUACAGUUGAAUUCUGAA